AUGCUUAAACGGACACCGACAACGAGCGACGGAAAGCCUGUACGGCCCAUCGAAAGCACACGAGUCAACAAGCCCUUCAAAGCCCCCACCUUUCUCGCUGAACGACCGCAACCUCAGCGCAAGCGGAAACGUGUGUCGUACAAGGGACAAGAUGGCGGGGAUGGUGACGACGAGGACGAGAAUGGGCCGAGCAAGAAGAAGAAGAAGGACGACAGGGAUAAAGACGGAAAUUAUCACAACGAAGAAGCGCUCCUUGCCGCUGUGAAGCAAUAUCCUGUGUUCAAGGCGACACCGUUCCAACAGCUUAGCGCCCGCCGAUUCUCCAUGCCAGAAAUGACCAAGGACGGCAAAGUCAUCACUCAUAUCCCGACGAAUGUCGCGCUCGGAAUUCGUCCGCCGGUUCGAAUCAUACCGCGGCCGUUGCAUGACCCAAUGGAUGGCCACGCAAUCGUACUUUAUGACCCAACAAUCGACGACAGAGAAACUGACGAGGAAAAGCGAGAGCGGGAGAAGGAGGAAGCGAAAGAGAAGGCUGCAGAGGAAGCACGGGCCAAGACGGCGGGCAUGUUCAAUCCGCAUAAAAGCCUACGACAAAUGCUGGGAGAGACGAAAGACAAGAAGCAAGCCCCCAAAGUGCCCGUCGUCAUCGAUCCUCGAUUGAGCAAAGUCCUCCGUCCACAUCAGGUGGAGGGUGUCAAGUUUUUGUACAAAUGCACGACCGGAAUGCUCGCCGACAAUCUCUAUGGCUGCAUCAUGGCAGAUGAAAUGGGUCUCGGUAAAACGCUACAGUGCAUUGCACUGUUAUGGACCCUGCUCAAGCAAUCGCCUCACAGCGGCAAACCCUCCAUCGAAAAAUGCAUCAUUGUCUGUCCCUCCAGUUUGGUAAAGAACUGGGCCAACGAACUAGUGAAAUGGCUUGGACCUGAUGCAAUUUCUGCUCUCGCCGUCGAUGGGAAGGGAACCAAGCGUGAUAUGCUCGAGAAGGUCGCUAUGUGGGUGGCGGCAAGAGGAAGAAACGUUACGCAACCAGUCAUGAUAGUAUCGUAUGAAACUUUGAGGACGAUGACUCCUUAUCUUGCUAAUUGUACCGUCGGGCUUAUGCUCUGCGAUGAAGGGCACAGACUGAAGAACUCUGAUUCCCUCACUUUUACCUCACUCAACCAAAUCGACGUCAAACGGAGGGUUAUUCUCACUGGGACACCUAUCCAGAACGACCUCACCGAGUACUUCUCGCUCCUCAAUUUUGCAAACCCGAAUUUCUUGGGAUCCAAGAAUGACUUUCGGAAGAAUUUCGAGAACGCCAUUAUCCGGGGGAGAGACUCCGAUGCGACGGACGCUGUCAAGGAACAGAGCGAGAAGAAACUGAAGGAACUCGGCGGGCUGGUCACCAAGUUCAUCAUUCGCAGAACAAAUGACUUGCUCUCGAAAUACUUGCCCGUUAAAUACGAGCAGGUCGUCUUCUGCAAACUAUCCGAUCUUCAGCUGCAACUAUAUCGUCUUUUUAUUCGGUCGCCCGAAAUUCAAGCACUGCUCAGGGGUAAAGACUCGCAACCAUUGAAAGCGAUAAACGUUUUGAAGAAACUGUGCAACCAUCCUGAGUUGCUUAACUUGCCUGCGGAUCUGCACGGAUGCGAUCCGCUGCUUCCAGAGGACUUCCCUCGCGGCGGCGCUGAGGCCAACAACAAAAGUGGUAGAACCCAGCCAAUUCGAAGCGAAUGGGGGGGUAAAUUUAUGGUCCUGGAAAGGUUUUUGCAUCAACUGCGUACGCAAACGAACGACAAGAUCGUGCUGAUCAGCAAUUACACGCAAACCCUGGAUCUCUUCGAAAAACUAUGUCGGAGUAAAAAAUACGGCUACUUCAGGCUCGAUGGCUCGCUGUCGAUCGGGAAACGGCAGAAGAUGGUGGACCUGUUCAAUGAUCCGGAGGGCAAAGAGUUCGUUUUUCUGCUCAGCAGCAAGGCUGGUGGGUGCGGUAUCAAUUUGAUCGGCGCGAACCGUCUUAUUUUGUUCGAUCCUGAUUGGAACCCCGCUGCUGAUCAGCAAGCGCUGGCCCGGGUCUGGCGUGACGGGCAGAAGAAAGAGUGCUUCGUUUAUCGCUUUAUCUCGACUGGGACUAUCGAGGAGAAGAUCUUCCAACGGCAGGCCAGCAAGCAAGCUCUGUCGUCGGCAGUGGUUGACGAGAAAGAGGACACCGAGCGCCAUUUCUCCGUCGAUGCUUUACGGAAGCUUUUCCUUUUCAACGAGGAGACGCUUUCGGACACACAUCAGACGUUUAAAUGCAAGCGCUGCAAGGACGGUAAACAGGUUUUGAAGGCGCCGGCCAUGCUCUAUGGAGAUGCAAGCACGUAUGGAUUUCCUUACGGUUUGGAUGGUUUUGCUCAGAACUCUCCUAGAUGGAACCAUUUCACGAAUGCCGAACUCAAGAAUAACCACGACGACCUAUUGCGCGCCGAGGUCGACCAGCCUGAGGUUUCCUUUGUUUUCCAGUACAUUUCGCACUUCAACUAG